AUGGCUGCUAUAUUCAUAUAUCAGGGAACUAGACUACACUUUACCUCUACCAAUCAUCCACAAUCAGAUGGACAGACUGAAGUGGCAUUAUAUGGUGCUCCUCCUCCCACUUUAAUUCAAUAUGUUGAUGGUACUACUCAUAAUGAAGCUGUGGGAAUGGAAUUAAAGUCAAGAGAUGAGAUAUUAAUUAUGUUGAAAAAGAAUUUGCUUGAUGUUCAGACUGUGAGCCAAGUCAGUAGAUCCAAGCUAGCAGCCAGAUAUUGUGGGUCAUUCAAGGUUCUGGAAUGCAUUGGGGAGGUAGCUUACAAACUUGAGUUGCCACCAAACUCAUCAGUUCAUCCAAUAUUUCAUGUCUCAAGGCUGAAGAAAUAUGUUGGGCCUAAUUCUCAAAUUUCUCCCGUGUUGCCAUUAGUUGAUUCGCAUGGGAUUUUCAAGAUGGAACUAGAGGCUAUACUUGACAGAAGAAUGACUGUUGUGGAUAACAGGCCUUUUAUCGAGCUGUUAGUGAAGUGGCGUGGUGUAACUAAGGAAAAUUCCACUUGGGAACCUGUGGAACAGUUGAGAGCUCAUUAUCCUGACCUUGUGGGCAAGGUCUUUCAAAGGGAAGGGCAGUUGUUAUGGUCAGUUCAAUAG